CUGCAUCGUCGGUGCAUCGUCUUGUCCAAUAUGAUUCUACAUCGCGAGUGGCCGUCCCCGACAUAAUCUGCUCGUGCAGUGCCGCGCCAGAUCGAGAUACUUAUCGUGCGGCGCGUCAUCCUCAUUCUCGUCCCCGGCGGUUGUUGCCGUUAUUAUCGCGGUUCACGCGAAUUUUCAAGGACCAGUUUGUCCCCGGUUGCUGAGAGACGCGAACGAUAUGUGUAUCUCUGUACGUGCGAUGAGCGCAGCUUCAACGGCGGAGUUGAAAUCGAUGCGUGCGACGAACGAUUAGUCGGACAAAGUGACUACGAUACGCCUCGUUUCGCGAGCGCAUCCCAGAGACAGUGGGCGUGAGGAAAACGUAAAACCCAAACAUUCGAUUUCUCGAAAGGAUAUCGGCUUGCAGCGGGCAAAGUGCGCGGAACCGCGAAAUCAAUUCCUCACGAGGCGUUCACGUUUAACGGAAACCCGAGUACAGGAAGCGCUCCAGUUUCGCCGUAGUCUGCAACGCGCACGACUUGGAGAAAGGCGGUUAGUGCUGAUUAGACGAAAAUUCCGAUUGGGACCGCGCUGAACUCCCGAGACGGGAGAGCGAGCAGCUGGAGGGGUGCGCGGUGGGCGAGGUGGAGCAGCCGCGUCCGCGGCGCGUCGGUUGAGGGGAGAUUUCAACGCGUGUGUAACGCGUAUCCGGACUUGCCGGAUAUCGAUUCGCGUACCCGGAAAUGCCUGCGUUGAAGCUCUUCGGUCGAAAAUGGUUGGCUGCAACCGACGACCUCGUGUAUCCCGGACUGUUCGAAUUAUUUAUCCGUAUUGUAUGGUUGAUUCUUAUAGGAAUCGCCUGCGUGAGGUACUACGAGAAUACGUGGAAUUGUCGGUUGGGAGGUGAAUUAGUGCGCGUAUAUCUCCUCGGCGAGGCAGUCAUGCUGGGUAUCGUCACGCUUUUGAUACUCAUCAUCAUCAGGCAUAGCGCGAGAGGAGCCAUCAUGGAUACAGAUGCUCGACGCUAUGUCCAACCGCUUCUGUUGGUCAAGAUAUUGAUGCUGCUACCAGAAAUCGGAUGGAAUAUUCUGGGCACCUUGUGGAUUUUUGGGCAAAGUGUGGAGUGCAAUCACGAGUCGUAUUCCAUCACCGUUGUGGAAGCUUUGGUGUUCUUUGACUGGAUCCUGAUCGGUCUCAGCAUUUUCGGUCUCGCUCUUGUGUUCGACCCAAUCGGUUCUUUAGAAAAGAAGCAGUUAGAGAGUUCCGUGGAACACGGCAAGGUCUCGCGCAUUUGGUUACGAAGAUUCAAAUUCCUGUGGUGGAUGCGUAAGGACGAGAGCGCGCACGAGACUUUUCAACAAGUCGCUGGUCUUUUAACUGCGUUAUUCCGAGGCACAGAUUUGGUUCCCUCAGAUGUAAUGGCAGGAUGUAUUUUAUUAAGAGUCCGUCAAAAACGAGAAACUCAUGAACUGCGAAGAUUAAAUCUACUCUCGCGUCCGAAAUACAUUUCAGACGCCAAUGAGAUCUUUUUGGGCACACCUAGCUGGAUGUCCUUGGAAGCUGCCCAUCAUUUCCUUCAACUAUCGAUCGCUUCCUAUGGUUGGCUUUUCGUAAUAUAUCAGCAUACAUGUACCGGCUGUUUUCGUUUAAUACGCGGCGUGAAGUGCUGUGCUUGUUUCCGACGAAAACGCAACAUUAUUCUAGACGACAAUUGUUGCCUCUGUUAUCUUUCCGGAGUGAAAUACCUAUCAAAGAUCUCUGAGGAAGAUAUUUUAUUCGCUUCCUUUAAGAAUCAUCUUUGUGAAAUACCGUUCUGCGUAAUGGUGGAUCACGAAACUGCCAGUAUUGUUAUAGUUAUUCGAGGAUCUUUAUCAUUGCGGGAUUUAAUCACUGAUUUCGCGGCAGCAUCCGAUUUAUUUGAAUGUCCUGGCGUUCCACCAGGCAGCACAGCCCAUAAAGGGAUGAUAAUAGGAGUAAAAGUAAUCUUAAAACAAUUGGAGAACUAUAAAGUUCUGGAAAGAGCGUUUGCCACAUAUCCUAAUUAUCAACUGACGAUUACGGGUCAUAGUUUAGGAGCCGGUUUAGCCGUUCUGCUAGGUUUACUGAUACGUACUCGUUAUCCAGACUUGAAGGUUUACGCGUUUGCUACGCCUGCUGGGCUGCUCAGCAGAGAUGCCGCCAGGGUUACGGAGGAAUUUGUAUUGACUAUAGGACUCGGGGAUGAUCUUGUAAUGAGACUCAGUGUGGAAAGCAUAGAGAAUUUAAGAAUAUUGUUAUUAGGAACUCUUCGUGCUUGUCGACUACCUAAGUACAGAGUGGUCCUGAACGGAUUUGGAUACGCUUUGUUCGGAGUUCCCGAGAGAGAUUUGACUAAAACGUGGGCCAACCAUAAUUUAAUUAACACAAUUCCUGAUCAAUCACCUUUGUUAACCAGAUCCAGCGACAUGGAUAACAAAAUAAUAGAGCGCGAUAUAACGAAAAGGAGAUAUUCGAAAGUAAAAUUAUAUAAUGCUGGUCGUAUACUUCAUAUAGCAAGAUGCAAGCUCGAGAAAACAGAGGGAAAAAGCAAAAAACAACUCGCUAAGGAAAGAAAAUAUGAAAUGCGAUGGGCGCAAGCGGAGGAAUUUACAAAAUUAACGGUGAUGCCACGUAUGCUACUGGAUCAUUUGCCAGAAAACAUAGAGAAAGCAUUAGCCACGUUACUGGAACAACAGAAAGAUAUACCGUAUUACUUUGAUCCUUAGUGUAAUCCAAAGAAAUGAUUUUAUAGUUUUAAUAAAAACAACUUUCGUAAA